CAAACUUUUGAGCUUCUGAUGCCUUCUUAAGACCUGAUUCUGGAUGGAGAUGAUCUGAUGCUGGGGAGCGAGGCGUGAUCCACUCAAAGCUGGGGAUCUGCUACAGUUGGAGGGUGAUUUACUGUCUGGUGGAGAAGACUUGAUUGCAGACUGUCCUCUUCUAUUAUUAUUUUUUUGGAUGCGGCUUCUGGUGCUUUAUUAGGGACAGGAGUGUGCAGCAUUGGGCAGGAGACUCAUGCAGGUGGCGGACACAUCCGUUGAAUCGCGCUGGGUAUGGACAACUAUCCCGACGCUCGGAGGACAAAAGUAGUUUGUGGCGAGAGAUUCAAAGCAAAAAUAAAGUGAAGGGACUGCCCUUGGGGAAAAGGGGGGUCAACCGCGACAGAGGCCUAAACCAUGCCUUUCAAGAUCAACAAGAUCAAGCUAGGGAGGAGGACCAAGAGGUACAAUGUCUUGAGCAAGAACUGCUAUGUGAGUCGCAUUCGGCUGCUGAACUCCUCUGAGAUUGAGUGCACUCUCAAUGUGGACAGCACUGGGCUGGAGUGUCUGGAGGCUGUGGCCCAAAGACUGGAACUUUGCGAGACUCAUUAUUUUGGACUCUGGUUUGUGGGAAAGUCUCGACAAGUGCGGUGGGUGGAGCUGGAGAAAUCGCUGAAGAAGCAGCUGGACAAGUUCUCCAUAGAGCCUCUGCUGUACUUUGGUGUCAUGUUCUAUGUGCCCAGCGUGUCCUAUCUGAACCAGAGCAUCACCAGAUACCAGUAUUACCUCCAGUUGAGGAAAGAUGUGAUUGAUGGGCGUUUGCGCUGUACUGUCGAUCAGUACAUACGACUAGCUGCUCUAGCUGUGCAAGUGGAAUUUAAGGAUUAUACUACAUUUGAGACACAUGACUUCCACGGCGAGUACAUGCUGUUUCCUGCGGCCUGGACCCAAGACAAAGCUCUGCUGGAAGAUUUACUUCACCAAGUGGCCUUGAAACAUAAAGCUCUUAGUGGGAUGCCUCCGGAAGAAGCUGAAAUUCUCUACAUAAAAGAAGUGGAACAUUUGGAUGGCUACGGACAGGAGUGUUUCCAUGUAAAGGACAGUCAUGGCAAUGACAUCAACCUCUGGAUUUUCUUUGUGGGGAUUUUUGCCGGAGACAGUUUUGGAAAAGCAACCACAUCGUACAGGUGGAAUGACAUUGGGAAUAUCACACACAACAAGUCUGCAAUUGUACUGGAGCUGAACAGAAAGGAAGAGAGCAUCUUUUUUCACACGGAUGACAUCGAGAACAGCAAAUAUAUUUCCCGGCUCUUCGCCGCUCGGAUGAAAUUCUACAAAGACCAUAAAAUCUGCACAGAAAUACACAAUACGCCACCCACCGUCCGGCGACAUUCAACUUGGGGAAGAUCCUCCAUGUCAAGGCCACCGUCAUCUGUAUUAGCCCCGAGGCAUAUGCAGGGUAACGAUGCUUUCAUAUCCGAAGACAGCAUCUUUCACAUGAGCGAGGAUACAUUUAACUUCAGAUCCCAGAACAGCUUGGACAGAUAUCUUGACUAUAACCUCCUAAACGGUACUGUGCCGAAUGGUAGCGUCUCAAGCGCUCAAAGCAUGAACUCUCUGAACCAUUCUCAGAAUUUCAUCCAAGCUUCUCCCAUGUCCUCUAACCUCAGCAUCACUGGCAAUGACAUCAUGAGGUCGGACUACAUCCCUAAAUGCCGACACAGCGCCAUCAUCGUGCCUUCCUACCGGCAGACGCCAGACUACGAGACUGUGAUGAGACAAAUGAACAGGACUAUUCACCCGGCCGACUGCCAGAGUCAGUCUUUACGAAACCUCAACAUCGGGAAUACACAUGCCUACAGGCAUCGGGAGAACCUGGUGUACAGUCAACCUGAAAUUCAAGACCGGCCUCCGUACAUGGUGUCUCAGUCUCCUUAUGCUACUCAGUCCCAUUUUGGUAACAAACCCCCACCUGAGCAAAUGCUGCCUGGCCAGGGAGCUACAAACCCUGCUAAUAGCAAGUCAAUUUCCCAUACCGUCAGCACUCCAGAAUUGGCCAACAUGCCACCACAGCCUUUUAGCGCUGCCCACAUGUUUAGGAACUUCUUGUCUAGGCCUCCACCUCCUUACCCACCACCUCGACCUGCCAGUAGCACUCCCGACCUGGCCAGUCACAGACAUAAACGUGUUAGCAGUAGUAGCCCUGACCUAGUGGCCCGAAAGGUUCAACAGUCAGUGAAAACUUUCCAAGAAGACAGCUCUCCUGUCGUUCGCCAAUCUCUUCAGGAGGUCAGCGAACCAUUAAAACCCCAAAAGCACCAUCCAGUUAUCAACAAGCGCCACAGUUUUGAAGUUAUGAGCCACAUGGUCCGCGGGAUGGAAGCUAUGACCUUAAAGUCACUAGCUGCACCGUUGCCUCGCAGGAAUACCUUAAGAGAACAGAUGCCCAAUGAGGAAACCAUGCAGAAAGCUCAUGAGGUCCAGCAGCUCCCAAUGUACCACCAUAAGAAGACUAUUUCGGAUGCCACCAUGCUUAUCCACAGUAGUGAGAGUGAAGAGGAGGAAGAGUCCCAAAAACCUGUGCCUCACACUUCAUUUAUCCAGGGAGUUCCUUAUAGUGCCCAGCUGCAGGCUGCAUUGGCACGCAUACCAAAUAAGCCACCACCGGAAUAUCCAGGCCCAAGGAAAAGUGUCAGCAAUGGAGCCUUAAGGCACGAUCCAUCCUGCAUAUCUGCUGUCAUAGCGAGAGCCAAGGCCAUGAGUUCACGGCCAUCCCAGACUCUCUGCAUGUCCAGAAAUGACCCGAUACCUAUAAAUGGAACCUCCUUAGGGCCUUCAAUUUCAGAACCAGAUCUCACCAGCGUAAAAGAAAGAGUAAAAAAGGAACCGGUGAAAGAAAGGCCAGUGUCGGAGAUGUUUUCUACGGAGGAUGCCAUUGUUGAGAGGGAAAUCUUAAUGAGGAAUUUACAGAAGCAGGAGAUGGCGGCCCUGGAGGCUCAGAAGAGGCCCUUGAUGUUGGCAGCAUUGAAUGGACUCUCUGUUUCCAGAAUUCCUGUGCCCGAGGACAGGCAGGAUGACACUGGGAUGGUGCCAAUGGACGAGAGGUGUAAGACAUUACGGAGGAAGCUAGACGAGGGGAUGGUGUUUACAGAGUACGAGCAGAUUCCAAAGAGAAAGGCGGAUGGCGUUUUCACCACUGCAACCUCACCAGAAAACAUGGAGCGCAAUCGCGUCCGGGAGGAUAUUCCCUAUGAAGAGAACCGGGUCGAGCUUGUACCCACCAAAGAAAACCCAACUGGUUACAUCAAUGCGUCUCACAUUAAGAUGAUCGUGGGUGACAAAGAGUGGCAUUAUAUAGCAACCCAGGGCCCCUUGACACAUACGUUUCCUGACUUCUGGCAGAUGGUAUGGGAACAGGGCAUAAAUGUGAUUGCCAUGGUAAUGGCAGAUGAGGAAGAAGCAAGAGCCAAGGGCCACCGGUACUGGCCUAAGUUGGGAUCCAAACACAACUCCACUACCUACGGAAAAUUUAAAGUUACUACAAAUUUCCGUACGGAUUCUGGUUGCUAUGCAACCACCGGAUUGAAGAUCAAACAUCUUCUGUCUGGUCAGGAGAGGACCGUUUGGCACCUGCAGUUCACUGACUGGCCUGAUCAUGGAUGCCCAGAGGAAGUCCAAGGGUUCUUGUCAUACCUGGAGGAAAUUCAGUCUGUGCGACGGCACGCCAACAGCAUGCUGGAUAGUAGCAGCCACUGCAACCCUCCCGUUUUGGUUCACUGUGGGGCGGGUGUGGGGAGAACCGGCGUGGUCAUUUUAACGGAGCUGAUGAUGCGUUGUUUGGAACACAAUGAGAAAACUGAAAUCCCAACCAUGUUGAAAUAUCUCCGGGAACAAAGGAUGUUCAUGAUUCAGACGAUUGCGCAGUACAAAUUCAUCUACCAAGUUCUCAUCCAGUUCCUUGAAAGUUCCAGACUAAUUUAAUAUUGUAACUACGACUCUUUUGUAUGUAUUUAAAAUCUGGUUUGCAACAGACAGAACAAUUUUUUUCCUUUUAUUUUAAUUUUUUAUUUUUUGAAAUAAGUUAAUUUAUUUCUCUUAAUUUAUGUAAAAAGUUGAACAGUUUAUUGAACCACAGAAGAUGUUUUAGUGGUUGAGUAUUUUUUUACUCGGACUCCUGAACGGUGGUUUGCAAACUGUACGAAAGCAAUAAAAACACUGCUUGUAUGUAAUAGAAAUAUUACGCACUAUUGUAUGUACAGUACAUCAACACAUGUUGCUUAAAAUUAUUUUGCUUUUUAAUUUUUUUUAACAUUUUUUUUUAGUAAUAUAUACUCUUGUCUAUAUCCUGCUGUAUAGUUAGUGUGAAUGAAAAAUGCACCUUAAGCAAUGCAUAAAAUCAAUGGAAUUAAAGGGGUUGUCGGGGUGUUUAAUAUUGAUGGCCUCAGGAUAGGCCAACAGUAUCUGAUCGUGGUGGGGUUGACUCCUGGCACCCCUGUCGAUCAGCUGUUUGAAGAGGCCGCAGCCUCUCUUCCUAGGCCAGUGAUGUCCUGUUCAUCAGUCACAUGGCUUAGGAGCAGCUCUGUCCCAUUCAAGUGAUCUGCAGUACCAAGCACCGCCACUAUACAAUGGAUAGCACUGUACUUGGUUAGCUGCAAGGAGGCCAUUGAGCGUUGAGCCCUCUUCAAACAGCUGAUUGACAGGAAUGCUUGGUGUCGGACCCCCAUGAUCAGGUAAUGAUGACCUAUUCUGAGGAUAGGUCAUCAAUAUUAAACACUUGAAAACCCCCUUUAAUGGCCAUGUGCCCCACAGUCACCAAUCGGAGCCCAACUUCAGUUUUCUAAAAUGCACAGGAAAAAGAAAAACUGAGCUCUGAGUAGGCCGACGUGUCCACUUUUACUUUUAAUACUUUUAAUACCCGAGAAUUUAAUGGGGUUCUCUGGGCUACAGGUAUUGAUGAUCUAUCCUCAGGAGAGGUCAUCAGCAUCAGGUCGGUGGGUGUCCAACCCCCAGAAUAAACAGUUUCGGGCAGUGCAGCACUGGAAGCUAUAGAGUUUACAGAGCACAGCGCCGUGUAUGAUGUAGUGGUCAUGCCUGGGUACUGCAGCUUGCUCUUAUUCAAGUGGAACACCCGUGCUGGAAACUACACCGUAUACAAAGCCUUCUGUUUUCGCUCUGUAUGCUGUAUAGUUUUCAGAGCCACAGCAGCCUUAAAGAACUGAUUGGUGGGGUGUUCGACCCCCAACCAUCUGAUAGGUCAUCAAUACCUGUAGCUUGGAGAACCCCAUUAAAAUCUUUUUUUUUUUUUUAUGUUUUUUUUCCCCCUUGUAUAUGUUAAGAAGAAAUAAUAAGAUACAAAAUAUUAUGGAAAGUUUUGCAAAUCUUUGGGUCCCAAAAAAGUAAACGCCCCUUUGCUAAACUGCAGAUGACCAGACAUCUGAAAGUGGUGUUUUUUUUUGUUAAUGAAAAAUUACCAAAA